AAUCUGAGAUAAUUACAUAAUAUUAAAUACUACAAUAUUUAAGUAAUAAGUUUAUCCAACUAUUGUGUAUCAAGCUUUACUCAUAACGAGAUAUCUUUGAUUGUGCAACAUACGUUACGCCCAGAUUUACUUUUGCACUCAUGUUAUCGUCAAUGUAACUGAAGACAUGUUACCCCCUUGGUAAACUAAUGUGAACGAAACUUUAUAAGUACGCCGCACAUUUUUACUCUAGUCUUUCCGUCGAGUAUUUUCCCUGCGCUUACGUCAUGGAAUCACGCGUGUAUUGGCUUUUUGUCAUAUGUUAUGUGGCUUGCAUUCUACGCAAAAAUGCACUCGGUGUAUCAAUGUCCGUAAAAGUUUUCACGUCGAUUAAUAACGCUUCUGGAUCGGAGAGAGAUGCGGGAAUACUCAAAACAGAAAAUACACGAACUGUGCAAUCAAUCGAGACAAAAACGAGAUUGGAUGGGAUUACUCUAAAGGAUGGCUGGUCUAAAUUUGACAUUCCGUUAGAAUCUCCGAAAGAUCUAUCUGAGAUAAUAAAAUUUCCAAGCGAUUUUUUAACAGCAAGAUGUUCUAGGUACUGCAUACAACAAGUGAAAACUGGUGAAAACGAUUCUGUUGUGAAAGAAUUCAAUAUAGAAAAGGACUUUAAUAAAAUAUUAGAUGAAAACAGACAAAAAACUAAAGCAACGAAUAUAAGUAAGAAAACUGAAGAAUUCAUCAAUUUAAGAAAAGAUAUUCCCGAGAAUAUUGGCAACAAUCAAACCAGUAUAUAUGCAAUACCUGUAAUAAAUUCUAAAAUAACUAGAAGACCAAAGUUCGCACGCGUGUUUGAGAGAUCGGCAGAAAUUAUGGAUGAAAAUAAAACAAAUAAUGACGACGAAACAAUGGAUUUCUCUGAUGUAUUAUUGCCUUCGGUGGAGACUACUGUAGCAAAAAACUUCAUCAAUUAUUCGAUAUUUUCUCUACGCGCACGUAAUAAUUCUCUGACGAGUUAUGGUGACAUUAUAAUUCCACAAAAUGCAUCAAUAAAUAGGAAGGCAUUUAAUAGAAAAAUAUUAGCUCUUAAGCAACAACAGAAAGUUCAACCGCGAUCAUCGGAAAUUGCAUCAUUAAAUGAAGAUAUCGAUAUAAACGAUGUGAAACUAUCCACUAGAGAUAAUGUAUUAAUGCAAAUACAUACACAGGAUAGCGAUCAAGAUUUUUCAACGCAAUUUGCUAGAAAUAUUGGAAAUUCUUUUGAAAGAAAAAAGAUACUGCUAGAAAUUAAUGCCAAAAGUAACUUGAUUGCUGCACCAGGAACAACACACAGAGUGUUAUUUGAUGUGACAAAUAACUGCGUGCUUCCAGUGAGAUAUGCAAUUCGAGCGAGAAGUUCGCCAUUUAGAAUACUCAGCAUAAUGCCAACCUUCUUAUGGUUGUAUCCAGGACAGACAACUAAUGUAGCCGUGGAUAUCGUUGUACCAUUGGGUACUCAAGAUACUGUUAAUACACUCACAUUGUCCAUCGAUGGUACGGAAAUACCGGAGAAGACAGUAUAUGUUUACGUUCAAAAUGCAAUUUCUAAGAGCAUCGAUAAUGUAAAACCGACACUCGAUUAUACGUUCAAUAGCAAUUGUGCUGGUAAACUGGACAAAGAUAGUUGUGAAAAAACAUUUUGGAGUGUUGACAUCAACGUUCAAGAUUCCGAUUCAGGUUUAAAACGCGUUAUAUCGACUCCAAAUGGAUUAUAUUUACGCACAAAAUUUAUAAGCGGCACAAAGGACCGUGUUACAUUUUUUUAUUUAUCGACGUGUUGCUCAACAACAGCUACUAUUACGGCAAUAGAUAUAUCAGACAAUGAGUAUUCUCGUAGCAUCGACGUCACAGCAUGGGACAAUCUAUCGCAAGGAGAGAUAGCAGCUAUCGUACUUGGUGUAUUACUACUACUGUUUCUUAUAAUACUUCUUAUUAUUGCAAUAGUUUAUUGCGUUAGUAAAAGGAGUAGCCACGAUCUGCCUUACACACAAAGAUAUGGUUCUAGACCGCCUGUUAGAUCCGAAAGAACAAGCUUCUAACAAUAUGUUUAAUGAGAAAAUUAACUAUCAUUAUCACAACCAACUAUACCAUAAAAAUUGUACAUUAAAUUUCUAAAAUAUCUAUUAUUUAGUGUAUAUAUAUAUAAUGCAUUUAAUAAAUUUUUAUUGUAAAAUAUAAUUGUGUUAUUUUUUAAAUGUUACUAAACUGAAAUUUAAAUUACAUUACUGUAUAUAAAUAGAAUAUAUAUAUAUAAACUGUAACUUUCUAUGUUUUAAGUUGAAUAAGAAAUUAUUCAUUCAAUUACUAUUUAAUAAAAAAAAGCACCAAUAUAACUUAUAAUAGACAUAUUAUUAAUAAUUUUUUUUAUGUAUAUAUAGAUUCUUUCAAAUUUAUCUAGGCUAGUUUGUUUAGAUCAAUUGCAUAUUUUAAACUUAGAUUUUUAUAUCUUAAUAUUCAAAUUUUAUUUAUAUAUAACUAAAGAGAGCAUAUAAACAAAAAAAUCUUAUAUGUUGAUCUUUGUAUCAUUAUUUGAGUUUUUAUACAUAUGCGACUAUAUAAUUUUGGGCAUAACUAAAUGUGUGGGCCAAACGGAUAUACUGAACCGUAUAUUUAGAUAGAUAUAAAUGCCUUAUGCUCGACUCAUUGUCAGGGAUUUUCAUCACGUACUGUCAUUUCUCUCUGCAAUAUCGACUGUGCAAAUGAUGAAGGAAUAACAGAUGUUUGCCAACGAAUGCAUUCUGGCAAAUACAGAGGCACGAUGCAAGAAAGAUCAAGAGCAGUAAAACGGAGCAAACGGAGUAAAAAAAGAAUCAUUUUCCUGAAGAAUUAUUUCUUAUGAUUACUUCUUUGCAAAUCACACUUUGCAAUCGAUCGCUAUCCAAUUUUCUGUAUUAUCAGGUCAAAUCAUAUGAAAAAUAUGCUGGACCUCGCCCACAGCUUCUCGUUGAAUA